GCUUCACCUUGCCUCGAUUCUCUCCUCUUUCUAUCCCAGUGCUGCUGGCUAAUUGCUCCUCCCCAUCAUCAUCUUCUUCCGCACUCCAUCGCCAAGGGUCUUUUUUUCCCCAUCUCUGCUCCAUCUGAACACUGCUUCUGUCCUUUGUAUCCCCCAUCCUUCCCUGGCUUCUUCGCCAACAUCUGCAAUCCCACAACAGAAUCUUUUUCUUGUCUGCAACGCUGCACAAUUAUACUCACAACUCGCAUAGUUGUUUAUUAUCACCUUUUAUUUCACUUCUUCUUGUUCAUUUACAGUUUUUAUACGUCUUCCACUUUGCAGUUGAGGGUGGAAAGAGUCUUCUUUUUAGAUUUCAUAUCAUCCAGCACCUUAUAGAAACUUCUUGCCUGUUUUUGCUUGUCCCGCAUUCUUGUCUCUACCAUCUCUAAAAGUCCCUGUUACCUAUCCGUUUAUUCAACAUGGCUACUACGACCCAGGCCCCUGUCAACGGCAACUAUCCUGUUCAGCAAACAUAUGUCGACGCUUAUAGUCACGCUCAGGCCGCGGUCAAUAACAAUGCCGCGAGUUUCCAGCAGACACAGUCUGCUACUCCGUCAAAUGCUCCCCCGAGCGAGCAGAAGAAUGAUAUAUCCAAGGAUGAGGUCGGCUGGUAUUUCGUCGAACAGUACUAUACAACCAUGAGCCGCAGCCCUGAGAAAUUGCAUCUUUUCUACUCUCGACGCUCGCAGCUCGUUUUCGGAACUGAAGCUGAGACUGUUCCCGUCGUGGUUGGGCAGAAGGCUAUCAAUGAGAAGAUUAGGCAGCUGGACUUCCAUGACUGCAAAGUCCGUGUCCUCAAUGUCGAUUCUCAGGCCUCCUUCGAGAAUAUUUUGAUCUCGGUCAUUGGCGAAAUCUCCAACAGAUCGGAGCCGUCGCGCAAGUUCGUCCAAACUUUUGUUCUGGCCGAGCAACCUAACGGUUACUAUGUCCUUAAUGACAUCUUCCGGUACCUCGUUGACGAGGAGGAACUCGUACCAGAGGAGCCUGUUCCUGCUGAUGAGACUGCCAAAGAGACCGCUCAGGCUCCUACGGAGCCUGCCGCCGAGGCUGCAGCCCCCUCUCUGGAGGCUCAGGUGAACAACGAAGCUGCCGCAGAGAAAGUUGAUGAGAAGCUGGAGCAUAUUGAUGUCAACGGUGCCGAAGAACAACCCAAGGAGCCUGCACCGAGCAACGGCGUUGAUAUUCAAGAAGCGGAGGCUCAGCAGCCCGUCCCGGCUGAUGAAGAGCUCAAGCCCGAAAAGCCAAAGACCCCAGAGCCGACUCCUGUUGCACCAACAGACAAGGAAGCUCCUACAGCCGAGAAGGAGGCCGCUCCUCCAGCUAAGGCUGUUCCCAAGACUUGGGCUAACAUUGCGUCCAAAUCUGGAGCCUCUGCACUUGUUCCUCCUGCAAUUCCUGUUGCCCCACCUAAGGCUGCUCCUGCUGCUGCAUCGCCUAAGCCUGCCGCGACUCCUGCACCGGCUGCUGAGCCUACGCCUAGCCAGACACCCUCAAAUGACAGCGCUGGCUGGCAAACUGCCGGCGAAAACAAGAAGUCGCAGCCUCGUACGGGUGACGAUCAGAACGUUCUUGCUUACAUCAAGAACGUAACCGAGAAGGUUGAUGCCAGCUUGCUCCGGCAAGCACUAUCUCAGUAUGGCAAGCUCAAGUAUUUCGAUGUGAGCCGCCAAAAGGUAUGGUCUUUUAAUCCAAGCACCCUCCCUUGCGUUGGGCGUGGGAGCUAACACAAUUCAGAACUGUGCUUUCAUCGAGUUCGCGGAGCCCGCUGGUUACGCUGCUGCAGUGGCAGCCAACCCUCACCAAAUCGGAACUGAACAGAUUUACGUUGAAGAACGCCGUACUCGUACCAAUGCUUACGGCGGAAAUGCCAACUUUGGAGCUGGCAGGGGUGGUGCUGGCCGUGGUCGUGCUGGACAAGGCCGGGGCGGCUUCCAACGAGAUGGCGGCCGUGGAGGGUUUGCUCCCCGUGGCCGUGGCGGAAACGUCACGCCCAAGGGCCGCAACCAGCCUCAGGCUGCAUAAAGGAAAGGAUGCCAGUGAGAAUUCGAAUGCGUCAUGCUUUCUUUAUCUCUCCGGCCGACGAUACCUCUUUUUCUUUUUUCUACCAACCCCGCUGGUUGGUGCAGCGCUGAUCUUUGUUCUAUUGCUUACGGAAUUUCCAGGUUAUGUAUUACUUUCCCAUUUACCCAUAAUGACAUGUGUUAUGUGGCUCUCAUUUUUGUCACAGUGCAUCUUAGCGGUUGGAAAAAAGUUUUCAUUUUUCCCAGCUCAGCACUUUUAUUUUCCAUGGCCUCUUUGGUUUGUGUUUUAUGAGCUCUUUUUUUUUGUUACUUACUUUCUGCCUUUGUAUUGUCCGCAUCCGUGUGAUCCUAGCAUAGCGCACAGAAAGCCUAUAUUCUUCUCCCCUAUUAUUCCACAUAUCCUUCUCUUUCUCCCUGAUACUGUAUUUCAGAUCUCAGCCUAACAACACUUAGUGUUCCUGUGCUCUCUUCUUUCUAUUUCUAUUUUUAUUUUUAUUUUUUUAUUUUUUCACAUUGGUAUUGGCACCGUGAAUUGUGUGGAUGCAUGGAAUACUGUACAAUCAAUCCACUCAGGCACAGUGAAUUGGUUUGCAGGAAGGGAACAGUAUAUGGAUAUCUGCAAAUAUGCUAGAAUACACCUUUAGCUAAUGUAAAACAAUCGUGAAUUUUGAAGCUUCUCAGGGUUGCUGCGCCAACAGGGCUGGCGGAGAGCAAGGGCGGAGGGCGG